GGCACACACAUUGGCUCUGGGUUUCUGGCUUCAGUGUUUCAAAAGUGAAGACAAGAUGAAGAAUACCCACUUGCUUCUCUGGGGAGCCCUGGCUGUUUUUGUCAAGGUCAUCCUUGUGACUGGUGACAAUGGGAGGACCAUCCUUGCUGACAACAAAUGCAUGUGUACCCGAGUUACUUCCAGGAUCAUCCAGUCCACUGAGAAUCCUAAUGAGGACAUUGUGGAGAGAAAUAUUCGAAUUGUUGUGCCUCUGAACAACAGGGAGAAUAUCUCAGAUCCCACCUCUCCUCUGAGAACGAAAUUUGUGUACCAUUUAUCGGACCUCUGUAAGAAAUGUGAUCCUGUGGAAGUGGAGCUGGAUGACCACAUCGUUACUGCCAGCCAGAGCACUAUCUGCAGUGAAGACAGCGUUGUUCCAGAGACCUGCUACAUGUAUGACAGAAAUAAGUGUUAUACAGCUAUGGUCCCACUUAUGUAUCGUGGUGAGACCAAAAUGGUGCCCACAGCCCUGACCCCUGAUUCUUGCUACCCUGACUAGUUUGAAUCAUUCUCAAUAUGCAACUCUCUCUUUAGGAGCUCUCCAUUUGAACCCAGAAGUUGUACUCACUGCUCAUUAAUUUGAAACCAGGACUUUUUCUUUUUGAAUGGUAUAAAACUAACAUUCCCUUUAAAUAGUUAAAAUAUCAACAUUACUGUCAUUAUAAUGUUAUUCUUUCUCAAUUCUCAGUAUUAAGUCCUCAUGUCUGCCUGGGGAGGUAUUUUCAAGAGUUCAUUUCUUAGAGCUUAAAAAAUGUAAACAAGAUGAGAAAGUAAAAUUCCAAGAGUAAAAAUUAAGAGGUGUAAUUAAAUUUUCUUUCCUACUUUGCUGUGGAGAGCUGGAGCUUCUGCACAUUCUGUGCUAUUCUCUUAAUGUCUCACUGUGUAGAGAAAACAUACACAUAAACACAGGGCAGUUACAUAUCUUCACUAGAAGUUGAAAAGGACACAUUUUGAAACUAUUUACUAAUAUUUGCAAAACCAGUUUGCUGAAAGUGAUAUAAUUUGAUACACAAUUGAAAAAAUGUAUUUUGAUAUAACACAUAGACUUGGCACUAGAUUUUUUUUCGAUAAAAUUUUUGACAAUUAGGCUAUUGUCUAAAAUUCUUAGAGGAAUCUUCUGUAUUGCAGCUGAAUCUAAUGAAAUUUGUAUUCCUAAAUAUGUAUUCUCUAGCACAGUUUGAACAAUUAAAUAGAUUCAUAAGCAU